AAGAAGCGCAAGCGCGCCGUCCUCCCCGAAGAUGAAAUCGAAGUCGACGUCAACGCCCCCGAACCUCCCUCGAAAAAGGCAAUGCGUGAAGCCAAAAAGGCCGCCAAAAGAGCAAAAGAAGACCCCGAAGGUGCCGCUGCCGCCGUCGCCGCCGCAGCCGCGGCCGCAGAUGGAGAAAAGAAACGCAGCGACUACGGCAUCUGGAUUGGAAACUUGGCUUUUGCCGUCGACAAGGAUAUGUUGCGUGUGUUUUUCACGCGCCAGGCUCAGAUUCCCGAUGCGGAGAUUACGCGUUUGAACAUGCCUGUUCCUCAAGGUCCCGCACAGCCUGGUCGCACCAAGCCCUCGAACAAGGGUUUCGCCUACGUCGACUUUGCUACAGAGGAGUCCCUCAACAAAGCCAUCGCCAUGUCCGAGACGCUGGUCAGCGGCCGCAAAGUCCUGAUCAAGAACGCAAAGAGUUUCGAAGGCCGCCCUGCUCAAGCAACAGCCACUGUCAACGCUCUGGCUGGCAAUGCAGAUUCGAGCGAAGCCGCGGCAGCAGCAGCAGGAGAUGCAACGGCCAAGAAAAUCGGUCCCAAUGGCAAGCCCAUCAUGCCGCCUAGCAAGCGUGUCUUUGUCGGAAACCUCAACUUCGACGUCACCAGAGAUGAUUUGGAAACACACUUUUCGCAGGCUGGAGAGUUGGAAGAUGUCUUUAUGGCCACCUUCCAAGAUACCGGAAAGUGCAAGGGAUACGCUUGGGUGCGUUUCGCCGAGCUCGAAGCCGCAGAGUCUGCUGUUCGCGGCUUCAUCUGGAAGUUUGACGAUGCCAGCGAUGACGAGGAAGAAGAGGAAGAGGAGGAAGUAGAAGAGACAAAGGCCUCAGGAUCAGACUCCGACAGCGACUCCGACAACGAAGAAGCUACCGAGAACAAGAAGACCCUCAAGACAAAGAAGCCCAAGAAGCAAAACAAACGCAAAUGGUUCAUCAACCGCCUCCACGGUCGCCCUCUACGCUGCGAAUUCGCCGAAGACGCCAGCACACGCUACAAGAAGCGCUUCGGCAAAGACCGCCCGGCCUCCGAAACCCACAUUUCCGACAACAACGGCGCACCCAUCACCGAAGUUGACGGCGGAGACAAACCUCAAAGGAGGACCAGACCCAAGGGUGAUGCGGACGCGAGACAAGAGAUGCGCAGAAAGAAGUUUGACGCUAGAAAGAUUAGGCCCGGUAAUGCGUUGGCGAAUGCGCCUAGAGCUUCUGCUGCUAUCGUUGAGGCGGCGGGUAAGAAGACUUCGUUCGAU